AGCCACGAACCGGGAAAGAUUCCGUUUAUAAAUCCGCUCUCAAUCAAACAGUGCUUCGUUUCUCCUUCAGUCCUGCAGUCAGACCUGAGACGAUGGAGACGCAAAGAGGCAACGGGGCGUUUGGCGUUGCUCGCGCCAGCCAACAGUGGAGGGGGGCUGCGGGAAACACAAAGGUACGACACACGCCACACUGACCCACAAUGCAGCUGUGUGCAGUGCAUUAAUAUGCAUUCUCUAACCUAUGCAGGACAAGCUGGUGCCAAGGAGCAGCAGCCCGGUCGGCGGGUACGUUGAGUUCCCGUGCGUCAUUGAGCAAGCUUUUUCAACAAUCGCGUGGGAUGAUUUGGAGGACUGCGCGUCUGCGGUGAGAAGGGAGAGCGACUCCCUCGGCUCGCAGGUGAACGACUCUGAUGGAGAUGACCACGACUUUGGAGAUUACGCGCUGGAUUUCAUGGCAGAUUCUCCGGCCACCCUGGAGAGCAGUCUGUCUCCUGCUGAGCUGGUUUCAUUCCAGGGAUGCGUCCUACCCCUCCUCACCCCUCAGCGGUGCUUCUCUUCAGGUGCUGGUCUGGUUUGCUCUUCAGCAGGAGACCCAUCUGCCCAGGACGGAGCUCCCUGGGUGGGCAUCGCUCAGUUCCAGGGCAGGGCGUUGGGAGAUUCCAUGGACGUUAACAAUCAGCUCCACGAGACCCUCCAGCGACAGCAGGAAGAGAUCGACUCCCUCCAGGAGCGGAACCUUCCCCUGAGGCAGCUGGCUAGCCGCGCAAAGCACCUGGCCUCGGUCCUCGAGAAGCUGAUGAUGGACCGAGGGCCACAGGCGAGGGAGCCGGCGACGCCCUGGGGCGACCGAGCGACAUCCCUGAGUCCUUGCAAGCGGCAGCGGCUCCACGAAGGCUGCAAAACGGAGCCCUCCUCCGACUCCGUGGAGGACAUGCUGAGGGACAUCAGCACACGCUGCAACGCCGUCCUGCACGGCGGCGCCAAUGCCGAGGAGAGACCGCCGCUGGAGCCGGAGACCAUACGCAUGCACGGCGCAUUCUCCGGCCUGCAGAUGUCCUCCGCUUGCGGAAGCUCGGACGGAGAAGGGGCCGCCGAGAGCGUCUCAUCCUUCCGGACGUCCGUCCGAGAGCACUGCACCAUGAGGACUCGGGUGUUUCCUCACGGACGGACCUUCACCUCCACGACUUCGCAAGGGGGGUACCGUUUCCGCUGGGUUCCCGACCACAGCUGAAACCAGGAAUCGGCGGCGUUUUUUUCCGCCGAAAUGCAAAAGCUUGAACCCUUCAGGGAUUUGGGAGGACGCGGGGGUGGGUGGGCUCAGCGGCUGUUAAUGCUUAACAAACACAUCUAUAGGGAGAGCUGUAAAUGAUUCAGUGAUGUCUUCCUCAGGUAGCUCGCGAGCUGAUCCGUCAGAGGUGGCGCCGGACAAAAAGGAAAUGACACUGCCACUUUUCAUUGUGUUUCUGUUUACAGGCCUCGAAAUGCAAUGAUCGGCCAACAAUGGAGCGCCGUUGGGUUUGUCUUCACGCCCCGGCGAUAGGAUUUGUCUUGGCGAAAAUAAAAGUUAUGUUUCAUAAAGCUUGUGUUGGAGUACUUUUUGUCAGGAGGUGACGUUUGGGCAAAG